ACUUGAACUUCAUUAAAAAAACAACAUCCUCAUGUCAAAAAAGAAGAAACCCAGAAAAAUCUAAAAUCAACCUUUGACCAAAGCCAAGUUAGGAUUAACAGGAUGCCUCAUCACCAUAUAUACUGCCAAUGAUCCUACUAUAAAUUGAGGGGGAGGACAUUCAGCGCCAUAACUCACAAAAAUCUGACCUAACUUAAUUAAGCUUCAGCUAUGGCAGAAAGGAGGAUUGCAGUGGUUACAGGGGGAAACAAAGGAAUAGGUUUCGAAAUAUGUAAACAGUUAGCAUCUCAAGGUGUUACUGUUGUGUUAACUGCCAGAGAUGAGAAGAGAGGCAAUGAAGCUGUGGAGAAGCUUGUUGAAGAUUCUGGGAUUUCUGAUAAAAAUGUGAUCUUUCAUCAGCUUGAUGUGAUGGACCCCAAAAGCAUGGCCACUCUUUUUGACUUCAUCAAUUCCAAGUUCGGAAAGCUAGAUAUUUUGAUUAACAAUGCGGGGAUUGGAGGGGUAACAGUAGAAGGAGAUGUUUCAAUUUAUCAUGACCAAAUCAUGGCAGAUUUCUUCAGGGCUACUGGUCAAGAAGUACCUGAGAUCAGAUCAACUGGAAAACUCAUUCAGACUUGUGAUUUGGCAGAAGAGUGCCUGAAAACCAACUACUAUGGUGUGAAACAGAUGACCGAAGCAUUUAUUCCGCUCAUGCAGUCAUCUUCUUUGCCUAGAAUUGUAAACAUCUCCUCUUUCUUGGGGAAGCUUGAGCUCUUAUCCAAUGAGUGGGCGAAAAAGGUGCUGAGCAACGGCGAAAACCUGACAGCAGAAAGAGUAGAUGAGGUGGUAGCUCAAUUUCUCAAGGACUUCAAGGAGGGCACAGCAGAAGUUAAAGGUUGGCCAACUGCUAUAGCAGCGUACAAAGUUUCGAAAUCAGCCCUGAACGGGUACACCAGAAUCCUAUCGAAAACAUACCCGGGUUUCUGCAUCAAUUGUGUUUGUCCAGGCUACUGCAGCACAGAUAUAAACUGCCACACUGGAUUUCUUACUUCAGCAGAAGGUGCUGAAGCUCCUGUGAUGCUUGCAUUGUUGCCUAAUGGUGGCCCUUCUGGCUCAUACUUUUUAGGGAAAGAAGUGACAACUUUUUAGAGAAGUUUAUGAUGAGCAUAAAAAAAUGGUAUUGCUGAAUGAAAAAUGCUCAUCUUAGUAACUGUGUGAUGUACCUUGCUGGAUGUGGAUUUGUUUUAUGAAAGACAGCUUUGGAGUCGUAAAUUCGACUUCUCAUACGUCCUAAAAUAAUUGUUCAAUUUGUUUCUCUAAAUUAAAUGAAACCGAGAUUUAUUAAUACGAAAUUUGGCGGAAAAAUUCAUUUCUAUGUGGAUGGUUCAUCCUCUUCAAGUCUUCAUUGCUUAAAAAAAACAAAACAUCAAAAACAAAUUACUUCUAAUAGUUCAAUAAACCCG